UGUCACUUGUGUGAAUGAAUGGCCCUCUGCCACAGGCAAACCUUUGCCUGCUGGCUGCUGCCGCCCCUCUCAUUUCUCAUUUGCUCUUUGCUCCCCCCACCAACAUUUUUGUAGCAGAAAAGGAGCCAAUUUUUUUUCACUCCUAGUAGUCCUACUCCUAUCCCCUUCCUUCCCCCAACCCCUUCACACUUCCAUCACCAUUUCUUCCUUCUUCCCCUAGCUAGCUGCUGGCUGCUGCUGCUUCUCUGGGCCCUCGUGCUGCUCUUCUCAUGUCACCACCGCCGGCCGCUAGUGCCUUUCUGGGAGCCAACCAGGAGGCCCCGAAUCAGAUCUUGGCGUAGGUUUGCUCGACUCGCUGUUGUUGACGGUGAGGAGGGCGCUUGCCUCGUCUUUCUUUCUUCCAAAGAGCCUGCUCUUUUCUUGGGUUUGGCCUAGGAGGAGGGGUUUUUGGUGUUCUUGGUAGGGAGGAGGAUUCUUGGCAUUUGGCGAGAGAGGGGGGAAAUCUUUUGUUUCCUUGUCUGAUUCUGCUCGGUCGGUGAGUGGUGCGGCGGCGGCGGCGGCCAUGGAGGCAAUCACGAUGUCGCCGUCCUCCGUCUCCUCACACCACCUCGACGUCGACGCUGCCUCCACCAGCGAGGACAUGUCGUCGUUGCAGGAAGGCCUCCUCUUCUCGGACAGCCUCAAGGACCUGAGGAAUCUGCGUUCACAGCUAUACUCAGCGGCGGAAUAUUUUGAAGUAUUCUACAGAAACAAUUCUCAGAAAUCUACGGUGAUGACAAGUCUGAAAGAUUACACAGUUGAGGCCCUUGUUAGCACUGUCGACCAUCUGGGCUUUGUGUCAUACAAGGUGGAUAACCUUGUCAAGGAAAGAUCCGAUGAGGUUAAUGAGACAGAAUUUCGAGUAUCCUCAGUUGAGCAGAGAGUACGGAUUUGCCAACAGACAAUCGACCAGGAGGGAAGAUCUCAACAAUCUCUUCUCAUUAGAGCACCAAAAUACCACAGGCGUUACAUAUUGCCAGGCACAGAUAUAGUGGAAUCAGCCAUUCAUCCAGUUUCAGAACCUCCACGGUAUAGCAGGCAACAUAUGAGCCGUAAAAUGCACAAGUCACAAUCUAUCUCUACGCCAGUUGGCAGGCAAUCUACAAUGAGGAGCGCGCGUUCACCAUCUCCUUCAGCUCGUGGCACACAUCAUCGAUCACGGUCCUUGUCACCUUCUCGAAAAGCACGAGCUAAAUCCCCAUCUCCCCAAAUCAUCAGCACACAAACAAAAGAAACAAGAGCAGGUUCACCAAUACCGAAUUCCAAUCCCCUUGCACGAUCUGCCACGGUUGCAAGAAGGCCACCUGUUCAUCCAAAGCAUUUUAGACAAACUUCAAUGCAGUUACACUCUGACUGGAGCAAUCACAAAGAGCAGGAGAAAAGCUCAAGCAAGGGCAGGGGGUUCCUCAAAUCAUUGCUCACAAGGCGUCGGUGGAGGAACGAUGAGUCAUUGUACAGCUACUUGGACGAAUAUUGAUUUCUUAAAUGUUACUGUUAACCAACUCUCACUUGUUCACUUAUCUGAUAUUUGAGAUUUUAGCUUUUUUGUCCAAAUGGAGGCAUUUUCGCCUUAUCUUUCUAUCAUUUUCAUGUGUGUAUACAAUGAGGGCCUAUCAUCAGUGUUGCUAAUGGCAUUGCGCAAGUGUAUCCAUCAGCAACUACUAAGCUGUUCAGAUAAGCUUUCCCAAUUCCAUUUUCACUUUUCAGUACUCGUAUGCUCUCCAAGUCUCCAUUUCUCCUGAUACCAAGGUACAAUCACAAGCAGAAUAAUGACAAUUUCACUAGAGAUGAAUCAUAAACCAUCUUAUGCCCUCUCAGAUGCUGUGAACUUGUCUCAUAUGGUGGUCCAUUGAUGUUUUUCUACCUUGUGACUGUUAGCAAUCUUGUCAUACAUGGAGCUGGUUGGCAGUUUCUGUUGAGGGGAUCCCUGAGGGCUGUGGUUGCAAUAGCUAGGAGCUAGUGCUAGAAAAUGGCAGAUGACAAACAUGGCCCUGGUUUUUUUUUGUCAUAAUCUGUUUGUAAAUAAUUGGAUUAUUAUGCUUAUCAACUAAAAUUUGAAUUGUAAUCUUAAAUUUGGAGU